AACUGUAUUUCCUAAAUCUUCUAAUACUAUUUGUUUUUUGUACUUGGGGUUUAAUUUAUUUCUUUCCCCAUAAAUUUUUUCAUAAAUAAUAUCUCCUUUUUUAUAACUUUUCUGAAGCCUUUUCUUGUUAUGAUGCUCUAGCAUUUUCUCUUGAGCAUUUUGUAACACAUUUUUCAUAUUAUUAUGAGGCUCUUUAUUAAAUAAAAUGUUGCAAGGUUGUUUACCUGUUACAGAAUGAAUUGUUUUAUUAUACUUGUUCAUACCAAAUGAACACAUCCCUGCAUUGUCCUCCUAACUCGUCGAAAUACGAAUUAGAGGACAAUGCAAAAAACACCCAACAGCGCCAAUAUAACAACGAAGAACCCAACAAAACACAAUAAACCAAAUCACCAAAGCGGACGGACAUUCAGGCGCCAAGCAGCAGCAGUGUAUCAGCAGUAACAACAACCACAACAGCAGUGUAUCAGCAGCAACAACAACCACAGCAGCAUCACAGUAGCAGAAUCCAAAAUCUCAACGCGGGAAUAAAUAACCACAUCAGGAUUAACAUUCACCCACCCAAUCAACCACUUUGGAUAUUAACAAAACUCAUCAAUUAUCACCAUACGUGAAAAAAAAAAUUGUAAGUACCAAACCCCAAAUUUAUUUAAAAUAUAAUAAUAAUAAAUUAGUGCAAAUCGGAAUAAAACGGCAUACUAUUGACACAAAAACAAAAUUAAUAUUCUACUCAAAGUAAAUCUUUUGCUUAACCGGUGUUAAGCACAAAGUAUUUGCAAAUUUUUUAUUGCCAUAUUCCGCUUUGCACUUUACCCGUUCAUAUACAUACAUACGCACAUAUUAUUUGAGAGCCAAAUAGCGUUGCUUUGGCACCCACCCGUACAUAAGCGUACAUACAUAUGUUUUGUUGCAUUACCCGCUCUGCUAACAACAAAUUAACGUUGACUGCUAGUGCAGUAGGAGCAAGCAAAAAACAGACCCAGUAGGAAAUUCAACAAGUGACCCAGUAGGAAAAAGUGCAAAACCCUGCAAAUUUUAUUUAUCGAUUUUUUUUAUCGGAAGUUGAAUAAUUUCCAAUAAACAUUAACAAUCGGACACAAUCGAGAUAAAAGCAAGGAAAUUAAUUUGAAAUUUUUAAAAUAAAUAAAUCACUAUAUAAAAAGUUUUUAAAAUUUGUUUUCUUAAAUUUUCGUAACUCUACGCGAUUUAUUUUUCUUGUUCAACCCGAAGAUUAAAUAUAUCUUACCCAACAAUGGAAAUGGAAGAUUUCAAAAUCACAACAACGGAUUUAAUUGAAUUCGUGGAAGACCAUCUUCAGACCCAAAGUGAAGAUGAAUCGGUCUAUACCCUAGAAAUUAAAAGGGUCGAACUAAAUUCGCUCUAUGAAAAAGCAAAGCGCUCAUACGAUGCGAUCAGAAGAAUUUCUCGCGAAAGUCAUGAAACCAUCGAUUUCUUUAAAGUGAAAGAAAAAUAUCAAAAAAGUUAUCGAAUGUACCUCUCUUGCUUAGCUUCCAUCAACGAAGAUGUAGAUGCGCGUAAAACACAAGUGUCAACCCAACCCAUUAAGGAAAGGACUUCAGAAGCCACAAUGAUGGAUUUCGCUCCUGCAGUUCACCUUCCACCAUGCGACACCGACAUCUUUUACGGAGAUUACACAACUUGGCCCACCUUCAGGGAUAUGUUUACAGCCCUGUAUAUCCGUAACCCUAGGAUUAGUAAUGUUGAAAGACUCUUUCACCUUACUCAGAAGACCCGAGGAGAAGCAAGAGAGGUUAUUCAAAACGCACCCCUAACAAAUGAUGGUUUCAUACUCGCCUGGAAAAAUUUAGUCGACCAAUACGAAAAUAAGAGGUUGCAGGUAAACACCCAAUUAAAGACCCUUUUUAACCUACCCCAAGUAACUCAGGAAACAGGUUGUGCUAUAAAAAGCUUACAACGUUCCGUUAAUAACGUUUUAACUAAUUUAAACAACCUUGAGAUUGACACACAAAGCUGGGAUCCGAUAUUAAUAUAUCUUUGUAGUUCCAAACUACCUAAACAAACUCUCGAAACCUUUGAAUAUACCCUAGCAGACAAUUCAGAUAUACCGACGUGGUCAAAUUUCGACAAUUUUUUAACCCACAAAUACAAAACCCUCGAAUCUGUUGGAAAUUUCAAAGCUUCAGUAGCAAACUCACCCCAAUUCCACACCGGUGCAGUUAAAAGAACAGUUGAAAAGAAAUAUAACACUUUUCAUGCAAACGUGGCUGAAACGCCAAUUGCUAGACCCUCUAACACCCAAAGGAAUAAUAAUUUCAACUUUACUCCAAAUAAUAUAGAUACAGAAAGCUGUAAGCUCUGCAAAAAGCAGCACUCUAUUCGAGAAUGUCCCAAAUUUCUCGCAAUGAAUGUAGAGUCACGUAUCUCCACAAUCAAAAAAUAUGGUUAUUGCUAUAACUGCUUGGCCAUAUCACACAGCUACAAGAACUGUGUGAGUAAAUUCUCGUGUCGUAAGUGUCACAAAAAACACAAUACUCUGAUACACAGAGAAUCCAGCUUUCGACCUGAAUCCACUCCGGAAAUACCAAACGUCACUAGUUCGAACCCUGAAAACAGUACCGCACUACCCACCCAAAGCACAAAUACAAAUCGGCAAGCCUACACAACAACUAUACAGUCCACUAAAUCAUCAACCCAGGACCCACCCAACCCAAGUAGGAAGCAGAUAUUACUCGGUACUGCAAUGGUUCAAAUAGAACAUAAUGGCCAGCGAUAUUCCGCGAGAGCUCUUAUUGAUUCAGGAUCGGAAGCCACAUUUAUAUCUCGAAGACUUCAGAGAAGCUUGGAUAUACCCACCCACUCUGUAUCAGCCCAAGUGACCGGACUAAACAAUGCAGUUUCAGCAACACCAACGAACAUUUGUGAAAUCACGCUUUGCUCACCCUUAAAUACAAGUUAUAAGCUAUCAGCACAGGCAUUUAUACUAAAUAGCCUAACUGAUAAUUUACCCUCAUACCCCAUAGAUCCAAAGCAGUGUCUUAAAAAUCUUGGAUUCACUUUAGCCGACACCCAAUUUCACAAACCCAGACCCGUGGAUAUAUUAAUCGGCAGUGAUAUUUAUCCAAGUAUUUUACUCAAUGGAGUAAAGAGGAACAUACUAGGUUCACUCUUAGCUCAAGAGACAGAAUUCGGAUGGAUAUUGUCCGGACCCAUAACUCAACCCUCCCAAAAUUCCGCCAUAGUAUCAUUUCACAAUAAAGUGAAUCCCGAGAGUCUUCUCACACGUUUUUGGGAGGUGGAGGAAAUCCCAAAGGAAUCCGUAGUUUCCAAAUCGGACCAAAUUUGUGAGGAAAUUUUCCAAAAAACUACACGUCGUAAUCCAGAUGGGCGCUAUAUAGUAACCCUACCCUUCAAAGAACCCGACAAUAUUGAUAUCGGACAAUCUAGACAUAUAGCGUUGGCCCAAUUCCUCAGAAAUGAACGAGCUUUACUUAAAAAACCCGAAGUGAAAGCAGAAUACGACAAAGCAAUCAUGGAAUAUUUGGAACUCGGACAAAUGAAGAAAAUAGAAUAUGACCCUUCUGGAAAAGCGACCCAAUAUUAUUUACCACACCACGCGGUCAUUAAACCCGACCGUAUAACCACGAAAUUGCGUGUGGUAUUUAAUGCAUCUUGCCCCACGUCAAAUCACAAAAGCUUGAAUGACGUCUUACAUAUCGGGCCUACUUUACAGAAAGAUCUUGUUAUUCUGAUCACAAAUUGGCGAUUCUUCCAAUUCGUUUUUAAUGCAGAUAUUCAAAAAAUGUACCGCCAAAUACUCGUAGACCCUAAACACACUCGGUUCCAAAGGAUAUUAUUUAGGAAGUCCCCGGAAGACACAAUAGAAGACUUCGAAUUGCAAACAGUCACGUUCGGCAUAAAUUGUGCGCCGUAUUUAGCGAUCCGUACCCUCAUGAAGCUAGCCGAUGAUGUUGAAGAAACCCACCCAUUAGCAGCCAAAAUACUUCGCCAGGAAAUGUAUGUAGACGAUGUUUUAGCUGGAACACAUGACCUGACCACGGCAAAGUCAGCACGAGAUGAACUCAUUUCCGCUCUGAAGACCCCAGGAUUCGCUCUGCGAAAAUGGACCUCCAAUGACCCACACAUUCUGAAAGGACUUCCACAGGAUCAUCUUUUAGAGACAGAAACACUCAACCUUUCGGAACCCGAGAACACCAAAACCCUGGGCAUUCGAUGGAACUCCAAAAAGGAUUCAUUUUUCUUCCUCGUCAACCCAAUGGAGAAAAAACCCGCAUACACCAAACGUGAAGUUUUAUCAGCCAUAGCAAAAUUGUUUGACCCAGCCGGUUGGCUUAGUCCAAUAAUAAUCACGGCAAAAAUAAUUAUGCAACAAAUAUGGCUGGAUAAAACUGACUGGGAUGAAAGCCUGAAACCCCUCACCCUUCAUCGAUGGAACAGCUUCGUAAAGGAUUACGACAACAUCAACAAAAUUGAAAUACCCAGGUGGACCCAUUUUAACCCAACAGCCACCAUUGAAUUCCACGGUUUCUCUGAUGCUUCAGAAAAAGCAUAUGCCGCGACACUUUAUAUAAGGGUUUCAAUUGGAGACAAAAUAUGGACAACUCUCUUAGUGUCAAAAACAAGAGUUGCUCCCAUUAAAACCGUAUCCCUACCCAGAUUGGAACUCUGCGGAGCGGUUCUACUGGCUAACCUUUUUAACUCUACCCUACCCCAACUACACCUAACCCAAUAUAAAAAUUAUUUUUGGACUGAUUCAACCAUAGUUCUCGCUUGGUUAAACAAACCACCCUGUUCAUGGAACACUUUCGUUUCACAUCGAGUAGCUGCAAUCACCGAGAAAGUGGGAGUCGAUAAUUGGAACCAUGUGGAAAGCCAAGACAAUCCCGCAGACUUAGCAAGCCGAGGAUGUACACCCACCGAUCUAUUUGAUUACAACCUCUGGUGGCAUGGACCCCAAUGGCUACAACACGAAAAGGAGCAUUUUCCAGCAUCGGAGAAAACAUACAACACUACCGUGGAAUUUAAACCCGUUAAGACGUUUGCGAUAACCACCCAAGAGGAUAUACUCGAAAGGUUUUCCUCAUUCCCCAGAGCAAUUCGCGUUAUCGCUUACCUAUUCAGGUUUUGCGCAAAUGCCUCACCAAGGAGACGAGAAACUGUUUACGCAAACCACGAAAUAACCCCGGAAGAGUUCAAAACAACCCGAAUGAAGUUAAUCAUUCACACCCAAAAAACACAUUUCAGAGAAGAAUAUGAUGCCUUGACCCGUAAAACCCAAAUACACAAGAAAAGUUCAUUGUUGACUUUAAAUCCGUUCAUUGACCCUAAAGGAGUUAUGCGAAGUGACGGAAGAUUAACCAAUUCCGCAGCACUAUCAUAUAAUGAGCGUCACCCUAUCUUAUUACCCUAUAAUAGUCGUUUGUCAAAACUACUAACUCAAUUCACCCAUACAGUAGCGUUACACGGCGGAAAUCAGCUAGUCUUACGACUUAUGCGUUCAGAAUUUUGGAUACCGAAGCUGAAAACCCUCAUCAAGUCUAUCAUUCAUCAGUGCAAAACUUGCGUUUUGCACAAAAAUCGCAACACUACUCAGAUUAUGGCAGCACUACCCGCCGAACGUACCACCUUAACCCGUGCAUUCGCAACAACAGGAGUCGAUUUCGCCGGUCCCUACGACAUUAAAAAUUACACCGGCAGAGCAUGUCUGAUCACAAAAGGUUACGUAUGCGUAUUUGUAUGUUUUGCAACCAAGGCAAUACAUCUAGAGCCAGUAAGUGAUCUCACCACAAACGCAUUCAUGGCCGCAUUCGCACGUUUCUUUUCCAGGCGCGGAUGUCCCGCCGAUCUCUAUUCGGACAAUGUGAUAUGGCCCCUCAAACUAGUACGAAGCCAAUAUGCAGCCGCCAAAGCAGCCCCACAUUCACUGUGCGAUCACUCAGCGCGACCCGUAGCAUCAGCCCACUCUCCGACGAAGGAACCCUGGCAAGACGCCUACGUCGCUUUAAAGCGACCCUUUCCCCCAUUCCAGAGGAGCGAGGAAAUACCCAUCGCACGGCCCGACGUACUAUCAGCCUUUCUCCUAUUCCAGAAGAACGAGGAAGCACCCAUCGCACGGCCCGGCGCACUAUCAGCCGUGCAGCAAAACGAACACACAAGCACGUCGCCUGUGGAUUGUGCAAAAAGGAUCAUAGACUGGUCACAUGUUCCAAAUUUACUGAAAAGAACAUCAACGAAAAGUAUAACGCAGUCAUUAAGUAUAAGUACUGCGUCAAUUGCUUGGCCAGAUCGCACUCCACCCAAAAGUGCACAAGUACAAAACGAUGUGCCACAUGUAAUGGGGAACACCAUUCAACCCUACAUGGACACCCCAGGUUGUUCUGCAAGGAGCCAGAAAAAACAUCAAAGAGCAAAGAGAGAUUGCAUAAACAAAACGACCUACCCACGUUACUGGCCAAGCCGACCCUCAUACCAACAGUCAUGA